AUGUCCGGCGAAGGCCCCGAAUCCGUCCCCACCUCCGCCGAUCCGCGCUCCCACCGCCCAACCAAGAAACGCGCCCUCAGCCCGCUCUCCGCGCAAGCCGCCUCCCUCGACGCCCUCUUCGCCCACCCCGACCGCCCCGUGCGCGUCCCGCCCUCUGCUACCUCUGCCGCCGGAGGAGGAGGCGGCAAGUCCGGUGGUGGCCGCGCCGCCGCGCCCCCGGAGACGGUCGCGCAUGUGCAGGGCUCCAGCGCCGGCGCCGGCUCAGGCGAGUUCCACGUCUACAAGGCCUCGCGCCGGCGCGAGUACGAGCGCCUCCGCGUCAUGGACGAGGAGCUGCGCAGGGAAAAGGGCCAGGAGGAGUUUGAGCGCCUCAAGAAGGAGAGGGAUCGCAGGGAUGACGAGAGGACGCGCAAGAAUAGGGAGAAGAGGGAGAAGAUGAAGGCCAGGAAGGGGAAGAAGGGCAAGGGCGGCACGGUCGGCGGCGGCAAUAAUAAUGGCCUCGACGCUGCUCGAGGGACCGGCCCGGCGACGGACGGACAGCACGCGGGCCAUGACAAGAACGACAGAGCAGAGCGAGGCGGCGCGGACCAAGCUCCCAACGCCGCGACGCAGCCAGCAGGCCUCAUCAUCCACGACGAUGACUGA